AUGAUGUGUUAUGGCGGCCAGAAGACCCGGUGCAUAACCAUGGCUGUCUUUGGGGUGCACGAUAUGGGAAGAAUGUCGACUGAGACGGAAACCCCGUUGGGACCAUCGGUGGAAUACUCGAGGGAACAUACCGGGCCUUUCAGGGGAACUUGUGUUGCAGAGGACUCGAGGAGAUUAUUGCCGGAAACUUCGAAGGAACCGUUGCUGGCGCUUUUGAGGGAACCAUGGCCCCCGCCGUUGGGGGCAGGCUCGGGAGAACUUUUGGUGGAAGCCUCGUUGUUGGGGCCUAGGAGGGGGGGGCCCGGGUCUGAACCUGGAGCUGGGCCGGAGCUCCUGAAGGAAACCCUGCAGGAACAACUGACGGGGCCUUUAAAGGAGGCCUGGCCUCAUCUUGUGCGCGAAGUAUUGGAGGAGCCAUCUGUACCUUCGGCGGAAGUCUGGACUGGGGUUAACUUAGUGUCUAGGAUAUUAGAUGAGUGCUUGGAGAUGGAGAAGAACUGCAAGCGCUCUCUCCGUCCACAUGAGGAAGAGGCCCUUGUGAGGUUGGCUCACGUCGCUAUCCUGGAAGAGCUGAGCAGCCGGAAAAAAACGGCCAUUUCCGACCUGUCGUUUCCCGACCUGUCGUUUCCCAACCUGUCGAUUUCCGAUUUCGAAUGCUGUUCAUGGAGAUGGCUAAAAUUAGCGUUGUUAAUGCGUGAGUAUCAAGACAAGGAGGACGGUGGAUUCAGCAAAUUGAUUGUUGAGUUAGAGGACUACGUUUCGAGACCGACUGGUUUGUCUGAUACCUGGUUUCUGGCAGGUGUUCUGCAGAAAUUCCUGGCCACGUGGUGCUUGGCUGGCUGGCUGAUUCACACGACGUAUCCCCAGGGUGGUUGGAGUUGCCGGAAGAUGAUUUUUCGAAUCUCCUUCCCAGAUGGAGUUGUUCGUUUGCCUGAGAGUGAGGAAUGUGUAAACCGCGUUUGUGCCAGUUCUAAGUUGGGGUGGUGGUUACAUCAGGCACAACGAAAUAUUCGUGUUGAUGAGAAAACAUGGAAGGUGUCUAAAUGGCCGACAACACUGUUCGGUAUUCAACGUAGUUUGGGCAAGCGGAUAUUUAACGACACCAUGGAGGCUAUGAAGCGUGUAAUCCCACCUUCAGCCUGUUUGUCAAAUCAACAGUAUCUUGCGUGCUUACUCAAAUACGUUAGGACAAGUCCACGGAAGCAGAUUAAGAUCAUCCGUUGUCCUAAAGCUACCCCUCGAUCGUCCUCGUCCAUGUCCCUUUCGCCCAAAACUAUUCUGCCAGAAGCCGUCACGUCCUGUUCCACCGCUACGGCAUCUUGUUCUCCACCGUCAUUAGUUGACGCCGAUAGACGGCCUGAUGCCGAAAGGUCGGUUGCGGGGCACAUGGCGACCUUUGUGGCCGGCGUGCUCGAAGAGUGUGCGGAGAGGGAGAGAAGCGAGGGAGUAGUUCUCCCGGAAGCGGAGAAGGUGCAUAUUGCGAAGUCUUCUGCCGAGGGAUUUGAGAUUGCGUUGUCCUUCACAAAGAUGUUGGAGAAUGGUCGCCGUCGAAGAAAAACCCGUUUCAACGCGUGCGGGUGGCGGUGGUUGUGCGUGGCAGGAUUGAUGAAUGAUUAUUUGGACCGGGAGCGGCUGCACGAGUUAAUUGCCGACAGCGAAAAGAUUGUGCCGAGGCCGAAACAUGUGUCGCCGUUGUGGUACUUGGCUUGUCAGAUGCAGCAGGCUCGGAUCAGAAUACCUUGGCAGCAAGCAGCCCCGUCAUGGUGGGCAUUCAGCUGUGCAAUUUACCCUGAUCACUUCCCCCACGAGUUUGGCGAGUUACCGAUGUCUGAAACAUCCGCACGCUUAAUUGUCUUCAGUUCCAGGGCUGCACAUUGGCUUGCAUCGGGAAUCAUCAACUUCCGCGUUACUCGCAAAACAUGGUUGCCUAGCAAAAAUGCAGAUAUUGUGGAUGUAUUUCACACGGUGUUUGGAAACACAAAAUUCAACGAAAUUAUCAAUUUAAUCAAACCGAAAGUCGUUGAAAUUUCUCAAGACCCAGAACAAGUGCGGCAGCAAACAAACAAAUCUCUCAUGGAAACCGUUCUCAAGUACACCCCGCUGCAGCGAAGGACUAGUUCUGGAUUCUGCAGAGCUUGGGGAUUUGAUGUUAGCUUGGAUCCCAAGAGACCCCCUUAUGAGGUAACGAACUCAUCUGAGGACGAACCACCAACGAAAAAAGAGCGCUGCUGUACUCCAUAA